AUGGAUUCAUUGACAGAUGAUAUCUGCGCAUUGGUACUUGCAAGAUUACCGAUUAAGAUCUUCACAGGUUUCAAACUUGUUUGCAAGCAUUGGAAAUCAAUCGUAGAGUCUCCGUUUUUCCGUAAGCUUUUCAUGUCCAUGCACCAAAACUCAGCCUCUUCUUCAUGGUCCCUCAUGUCCACCGAUCACGUAGACCCAGAGAUGGUGGGUUACUACAACCAAUGCGACACUUGGGGACUUAAACGACCACUGGGCUCUUUCAUCAAGUCUUUCUUAAACCACAAGAACCGGAACCACAAAUACAUACGAGUAAGUGCCGUGGCUUACUCCGAUGUUGGGUGGAUCUUGAUCUAUGCAAUGUCAAAAACCAAUGAGAAGUCAUCCCUCUAUGUGGCUAACCCGGUUUCACAUGAAUGCGUAGAAAUAUUUAUUGAUUUUCUUCCUAAAGGGUUUGAAAGAAUUCGAUUUUGUUUGUGGCAAUGGGGAAUAGCCACACGAGUUGAGAACGGCAUCCUUUUGGGUUACACAGUUGUUGUCAUUAAUCAAAAGUGGAGUGACACUAAGUUAAGUUGUCUGAUAUAUUCAUCUGAGACAGGCAUGUGGAGUUUGGAUACUUCCUUUUCCAACUAUCAUUACUGUCAAAAUUCGAUUAGCUUGAACGGUAACCUUCAUUGGCUCCCCCGGAACAAUGACUAUCAAGAAGUUGUAUUAUCCAUGGAUUUUUAUACUAAUAGCACGGGUUCUGAUCGAUGCCGUGUUUCUCCUUUUCCUGAUUUAGGGAGAACUACCAAAUUCAAAAGAUCUUGUACACCUUGUCAUGGGUUUCUCAUGUAUAUGAACAUAGUCUGUGCAACCAAAGUGGAUGGAAGCCUAGAAGAGAAGUUGUGUGUAUGGAGGCUUCAGAGCUAG